AUGUCAAAGAAAGAAUUUCAACAACCUCCAUCUCCACCUCCACCAAAUAAUCCACGUCAAUGUAAUUUUUGGGUAAAACGUAAAAGACGGUACUGUCAUCUUCCAAAAAAACUUGAUAAUAAUUAUUGUGGUGAACAUUUACAAUGUGAAGUAAAAGUAGGUAUAAAAAAGGAAAGAAUUCCAUGCCCAUUUGAUCCUUCACAUACUGUUUACAAGAUUGAAUUGGAAAAACACUUAAAACAUAAAUGUAACUCGCGUCCGAAACCAACCCCAGCUUAUUUCUCUCUUGAUAUUAAUUGUACACUUCCAACACCAAUAUCCCCAAUUGAUGACAAUGAUGGUGAUAAAUCAAAUGAUGAUGGGAAAAUCACACUUUCAGGUUUAUCGAAAGAGACUUUAAACAUCUUGAUCAACAAUGUUAGAAAUUGGUAUAAUAACAAUGAUGCUGUGCCAAAGAUCAUUAGGACUGAGGUUUUGGAUCAUGAAGUUUUAAAAGAAAAAAAAGAAAUCACAAAAAAUCAAAAACAUGUUAUUCAACAAAGAUUAGAAUUAUUAAAAGCAAAUUCUUGUUCCAUAGAGUUUGGAUGUGGCAAAGGCGAAUUAUCAUAUUUUAAAAAAUUAGCCAUUAAAAAAGAAGCUGAUGACAAUAAUAAUAAGUCAACAUUUAUUCUAAUAGAUAGAAAAAAUACUCGUGGCAAAUUUGAUUCAUUAAUUAGAGGAUCAUUGGAUAAUAAAUCAAUUAUCAAACGUAUAGAAAUAGAUAUUAAAGAUUUAGAUUUGUCAAUAGAAAUUUUGGGGUACCAAUGUAAACGAAUACUGGAUGCUGGACGUGUCAAAUUCCUGGAGGCAAAUGGAUUUCAAGCUGAACUGAUUUAUUAUGUUGAGCCAUCAACUUCAUUAGAAAAUUUGGCAUUGAUUGCUAUUCCAAAAAAAUUGUAA